CCCCUCCCCUCCAAACCCAAAACCCACUUCUCUUCUUCCCUUUCUACUUCUCCUACACCCUCUUUUCGUCUUAUUUUUUCUGAACAUUAUCACCUUUUCUUUUCUCUCUCUCUCUCUCUCCCCUUUUUUGUUUUUGGUUUUUUCUUCUUAAAAGAAAUUGGCCACUGUCUGGUGCUGUAAUGGCGCCUCUUUCCCUUUCUCUCUUUCUCCCCUUUUUCUUUCUUCUACUCUCUCCUGUCCUCUCAACAAACUCUGAAGGAAACGCUUUGCAUGCUCUGAGAAACAGACUGUCGGACCCCACCAAUGUUCUGCAAAGCUGGGACCCAACUCUGGUCAAUCCUUGCACCUGGUUCCAUGUUUCCUGUGAUUCCAAUAACCAUGUGAUCCGUUUGGAUUUGGGAAAUUCUAACGUUUCUGGUACUUUGGGGCCAGAGCUUGGCGAACUCAAGCAUCUUCAGUACUUGGAGCUUUACAGGAAUGAAAUAAGAGGAAAAAUCCCAAAGGAGUUGGGCAAUUUGAAAAAUCUGAUCAGCAUGGAUCUUUAUGACAAUAAAUUUGAAGGAAAAAUCCCAAAGUCUUUCUCCAAAUUGAAGUCACUCAAGUUUCUACGGUUAAACAACAACAAGCUGUCCGGAACAAUCCCAAGGGAGCUCACUACACUCUCUAAUCUGAAAAUCUUUGAUGUCUCCAACAAUGAUCUGUGUGGAACAAUACCUGUUGAUGGGCCUUUUGCUACAUUUUCCAUGGAUAGUUUUGAAAACAACAGGCUGAGUGGACCUGAGCUCAAAGGAUUGGUGCCCUAUGACUUUGGAUGCUGAAGGGAGGUAUAGGAAUAGGAGAUAGGAAGUUACGUGACCAUAUUGUAUGAUGAUGAAAUAGGUAUGUCCUUAUAAAUCUACUAGAGUGGCACUGUUUAAAAGUGCGGUGGUGAAAUUGGCAAAAGUCAACCCAAAAAAUAAGAUGAAUCGACUCUGGAUUUUGCAUGGCAACUUCUUGUUAAAUUAUUGCCCUUUUUUAAUUAUGCUGAUGUUGAUUUAGUAUAAAUCAAACUAAUAUAUAUUCGUAUGAUAUCCCUCAAAUAUUAUAUUUUA